UGCGUAAGCAAGAGAUCAUUAAGAUAACAGAACAGCUGAUAGAAGCCAUUAACAAUGGAGACUUUGAGGCUUAUACAAAAAUCUGUGAUCCUGGCUUGACCUCAUUUGAACCUGAAGCACUGGGGAACCUGGUUGAAGGAAUGGAUUUCCAUAAAUUUUACUUUGAGAACUUACUGUCGAAGAACAGCAAGCCCAUCCACACCACCAUCCUGAACCCCCACGUCCACGUCAUCGGCGAGGACGCCGCCUGCAUCGCGUACAUCCGCCGGCCCCAGUACAUCGACGGCCAGGGCCGGCCCCGCACCACGCAGUCGGAGGAGACCCGCGUCUGGCACCGCCGAGACGGCAAGUGGCUGAACGUCCACUACCACUGCUCUGGAGCUCCUGCUGCACCUCUCCAGUGA